GUAGAGGUGAGGUGAGAGGUGACAUUUACACCAUAUGCACCCACGUUGAGUUUAGUUUAGUAGUGAAAAUAUCGCAAUUUAACACGAUCCAGAAUGGGGAACAAACGUGGAGAGACGCUGAUACUCGAGAACAAUGAAAACACACAAUUUAUUGGAAUGCUCGUUGCUGUGUUUACCAUAUUUAUCACGCUAGUUGUAUUUGCUGUAUGGCGUAGGAGGAGAUCCGUUGGCCGAAGCGUGAUCUUGGCAGGGCUUAGUAAUGCUGGAAAAACAUUGCUGUACGCUCGGCUCCUUCAUUCCAAAUAUGUCGCGACACACACCUCUGUUAAAGAAAAUAUCGGAGACAUUACCAUCAACAAUAGCACUUUGCGAAUUGUUGACAUUCCUGGUCACGAGCGACUGAGGCAAAAAUUUUUUGAUAAUUACAAAUCUUCGGUAAGAGGAUUAGUCUACGUCAUUGAUUCAGUGACCAUACAAAAAGAUGUCAGAGAUGUUGCUGAAUAUUUAUAUACGCUCCUAUCUGAUCCUACGAUUCAAAAAAAUGGACCCCCUGUUCUAAUUUUAUGCAACAAACAGGAUCAAACAACAGCCAAGGGAUGCAGUGUAAUUAAAUCCUUACUCGAGAAAGAAAUUAAUUUGCUUAGGGUAACAAAGACUAAUCAAUUAGAGGCUACGGAUGCCUCGUCAUCAAAUUUUUAUCUUGGUAAACAAGGUAAAGACUUUGAGUUUAUUCAUCUCGGCUCGAAAGUUGAUUUUGCUGAAGCUAGUGCAUUCGAUAAAGAUUCUGAUACUUCUGCUGACAUUGAACAACUGGAUAUCUGGCUACAAAAGAUAGCUUAGUACCUAAGAUCUCAUAAAUCAUGCGUACACCAUAUCGUUUCAUUGUCUGUAUCGAAUCUAAACGAUUAUUUACACAAUAUGCACAUGGUCAUAUACAUAUUUUGCAACAUGAAUAAUAAUUUUUAACUUUUUUCUCUAUUCAUUAUUAUAUCGCUUUAUUUCAGAAUACAUACUGCGUUUCUUACUUGAAUA